GAUCACGUCGAAUGCCACGACCGUCCCUCUCGACAAUGUCAUGUGACCACACCGCUGGCUGUCUGUUGGAGAGUCGAGCCCGACAGAGCACAGUCCCGCUUUGCCUUCAAUCUGUGCUGCUUCGCCACCAUGAGCACGAUACGAAAAUAAAGCGGCCUGCGGCGGACUGAGAGCUGAUAACGAGGCCAGGAGGACCGAGUCCGCGCGGUGUCUGCGAGUGGACAGGCGUCCACGCUGGACUCCCUGAUCUCACUGCAUUAGGAUCCGUGAGGCUGGGAGAGACGACGCCCGGCUGUCUGCCAAACCUUCCCACCUAGAAUGAUGGCGUCCAGCGACGUAGACGGCCGAGGCGAAGCUUUGUUGUCCGACCAAAAUCCGUCUGAGCUGGACGCUCUGUGUCCGUCUCCUCCAGGACCGUCCAGACCCCAACGCAACUACGAGAGGAUAGGAGGACAGGCGGGGACCUCUUUUUUCCAGACUCUGAUCCACCUGCUCAAAGGGAAUAUUGGUACAGGCCUGCUGGGUCUGCCUCUGGCUGUCAAGAAUGCAGGGCUGGUGCUCGGACCCAUCAGUCUUCUGGUCAUGGGCAUCAUCGCGGUUCACUGCAUGAAGCUGCUGGUGAUGUGUUCCCACCACCUCAGUGCAAAGAUGAACCGACCAUCUCUGACCUAUGGCGAGGCUGUGCAGUACGGGAUGGAAAACGUGCCGUGGCUGAGGCGACAUUCACAGUGGGGAAAGCGGACCGUCAACCUGUUCCUCAUCAUCACACAGCUGGGCUUCUGCUGUGUCUACUUUGUCUUCCUCAGUGACAACGUCAAGCAGGUGGUAGAAGCUGCCAACGCCACCACCAUCAGCUGCCAGACGAACUACACCAACCAGACCCAGGUCCUGGUCCCGAGCUUUGACUCCCGCCUAUACAUGCUCUGCUUCCUGCCUGCCAUCAUCCUGCUGGUCUUUAUCCGCAACCUGAAGUGCCUGGCCCCGUUCUCUCUGGGGGCCAAUGUGGCCAUGACGGCUAGUUUGUUCCUGAUCUACUACUACUCACUCACGAACAUCUCAAACCCCACUGACCUCCCAAAAGUUGGCAGAGCUAAAGACUACCCUCUCUUCUUCGGAACGGCCAUCUUUGCCUUCGAAGGCAUUGGAGUGGUUCUGCCCCUGGAGAACAAGAUGCAGAGGCCACAGAGGUUCACCCAGGUUCUCUAUUUGGGCAUGGGCAUCGUCACCUUCCUCUACAUCAGCCUGGGAACCAUAGGAUACAUGUGCUUUGGAGAGCACAUCGGCGGCAGCAUCACACUGAACCUACCUAACUGCUGGAUGUACCAGGUCGUGAAGCUCCUGUACUGCUUCGGGAUCUUCAUCACCUUCGCCCUGCAGUUCUAUGUCCCAGCAGAAAUCCUCAUACCAUCCAUGGUAGCUUGCGUGCCAGAUCAGUGGGACACCGCCAUCGACCUACUGCUGCGUGCUGUCAUGGUCAUCUUCACGUGUGCCCUCGCCAUCCUGAUCCCAGAGCUGGACCUCGUCAUCUCGUUGGUGGGCUCGGUCAGCAGCAGCUUCCUGGCGCUCAUCUUCCCACCCCUGCUGCAGCUCAUCGUUUUCUACGGCGAGGGCCUGUCGCUGCCGGUGAAAGUCAAGAACCUCGUCAUCAGCCUGGUGGGGCUGAUCGGCUUCGUCACGGGGACCUACAUUGCCAUCGUGGAGAUCGUUGCCCGCAACGGACACAAGCGCGACGAGACGCCAUCCACCUUCUUGGUUCAGUGAUGAAGUGGCGUGACUCCCGGCGGGUGGAUGGAGGCCUACUCGGGCCAUUUGAAACCAUUUUAGUGCACAUUUGAACUUUUAUCUCAUUUUAUCUGCUGCUGUUGGACAUCACAGCUGUUUCAGGAUAAAUCUGUGACAUGUCUACGAUUAAGGACCAUGGAGAACCUGUGGUGCUCGAUGUUUCACUGCUGUGUCAUGUUCUGUUUGUACCUGACAGUCACGUCUUAUCAAGUCCAUCCUUUUAGUGCAAUCUAACAGAUUAAUGAUGAUGGAGAAGGUAGGAGAUGGUACGGGGGUUAGAGGUAAUUUAUUCUUUUGACUGAUUAUUGUUUGUGGUGUUUUAGUCAAAAAAUCAAACUACCUCAGUUUUUAACAUCCAAUUUGGAGCCUUGUAAAACACCUUCGCUUCACGCAGCCCCCAGUUUAGAAGUAAACAUGUUUGUUUAGCACUUUGAUUUCUGCCUUAUUCACUUUGAAUAUAGUUUUAAAAUCGCUUUAAAAAAUUAAAAAUCCGCUGUUGCUUGGGUCGAGGGGUCAUAGCGGUUCUGAUGGGAACGCCUCGAAGUGCCAGGAGAUCGUUCGUAUCUCAUCACAGCAGACUCACCAGGAUGACACAGCAGCUGUUAAACAGUACAGCUGCUUUCUUGCUCUCAGCUUUGGGUCAAACUGUGAGCUUUGACAACAAGGUCACAGGUGCAAGAGGCAGAACCUGUGAGGGUCUCGGGAUCCUCUGGGAGGAGUGUGGCAGGUGUGCAGGGAUUAAAACCCCCUAAAAAUGUGCCAGAUGUUCUUGUGAAUAUUACAGCUGCAUUAGUGCCCGAUGAUAGGUUGCUACAAAAAAACGCCAUCAGGUUUGAGCUGCAUGUAUCUAAUAUAGCAAGUUUUAACUGCGGGCUUGUAGGUGUUGUCGACGCCUCACAGUGAAGCGUCUGUGCUGCCGUGUGUCUUUGUCCGUGUGGCAUUAGAUAACAGACUUCUGGUUUCCCUUCACCUGUGAAGUCACCUCAUGCAGGGCUGGAAGUCGUUCUGUGUGUAUAUAUAUCCAUCCAUCGUAAAUGUUUGCACAUGUAAAUACUCAUCUAAACUAUAAUUUUCCUUUUCUGUUGUAAGUGUCAGGUUGCAGCUGAUCAAAUGAGUGCAUUUCAGCAUGAAAACAUCAAGAAAUGUAAAAUAUUCCAAACUUCAUCCAGCUUGACGGCCUGCAUCCUUCAUAUGUGUGAGACCUUCAUUUGCUAAAUCACUCAUUUCUUUACUCUUUACUUUCUCAGAAUAAAGAUGUUGAAAGUCCAA